UAUAUCUUGGUCCGGGGCCCCAGACGCCUAUCUCGGCAGGUCGCUGGGGUUGAAGGCGGCCCGAGAAGGGGGCCCCACGUCCGAUUUCUCUGGUCAGAGAGAACAUUGCGGCCGGUAAUUGAUGCUGACAGGUCACACGCUGUCUCUCGGGCACGGGCUAGGAUUAGCGCCUGGGUUGGGCAUGGAUCGAAGAGGGGAGGUAUAUAGCUAGCGCAACAGGCAUGGAGCCACUGGUCUUUCAGGGCAUCUCAUAUGGCCAUACUCCCGCUUCCCCUCAUUGUCUCUCUAUACACAUCCUACGAGAUCUGGUAACAGUAGAAUUCUAGGAUACCAUAACCCAGAGGCACCAUGAGGUCAACAUUCACCGCCGCGUUGGCAGCCCUCGCUGCGCAGCAAGCAGCUGGCCACGCCACCUUCCAACAGCUCUGGGUGGACGGUACAGAUUAUGGUACCUCCUGCGUGCGCCUGCCAUCCUCAAACUCCCCGGUCACCAACGUCGGCAGCCGCGAUUUCGCCUGCAACGCCGGCACCCGGCCCGUAAGCGGCAAGUGCCCCGUGCGGGCGGGCGGCACCGUCACGGUCGAGAUGCACCAGCAGCCCGGCGACCGGUCAUGCAACAACGAGGCCAUCGGCGGUGCCCACUGGGGUCCGGUGCAGGUAUACCUCUCCAAAGUACCCGACGCGAGCACGGCCGACGGGGCGUCGGUGGGGUGGUUCAAGAUCUUCUCGGACUCGUGGGCCAAGAAGGCCGGCGGCGCCGUGGGCGACGACGACCACUGGGGCACGCGCGACCUCAACGCCUGCUGCGGCAAGAUGGACGUCAAGAUCCCCGCCGACCUGGCCCCCGGCGACUACCUGCUCCGCGCCGAGGCGCUGGCCCUGCACACGGCGGGCCAGUCCGGCGGCGCACAGUUCUACAUGAGCUGCUACCAGAUCACUGUCUCAGGUGGCAGCGGCGGGACGAGCACGCCCGCAACGGUGCGGUUCCCCGGAGCGUAUAGUGCCAACGACCCGGGCAUCAAGAUCAACAUCCACGCCGCCGUCAGCAACUAUGUCGCGCCCGGUCCGGCUGUGUACUCGGGCGGCACGACCAAGAAGGCCGGCUCUGGGUGCGCCGGCUGCGAGAAUACCUGCAAGGUGGGCUCGUCGCCGACGGCGGUGGCUCCGUCGUCUGGGAACGGCGCGGCGAACGGUGGCGGCGCGACGCCCGGCCAGGGUACCGGCAGCGGCGCGGGGGCUUGCAGCGUGCAGGCGUAUGGCCAGUGCGGUGGUAGCGGCUAUUCGGGCUGCACCCAGUGUGCGUCCGGCUAUACCUGCAAGGAUGUUUCCCCGCCGCACUACUCGCAGUGCGUCCCUUCUGUGUAGGUAGGAAUAAUAGGGGGAAGGUAGGUCCCGAUGGGAUUGGGAAGGUCAGGAUGCUGUGUGAGACCCGUUGCGAGGGGUUACAUCUGGUUGAGAUUGUCUGUAUAGCAUGCGUUAGCAAAUAUAUUUUAUC